CCGUAAAAAUAGUGCCUAGCCGAAAAUCCGGCCAGCCGAAAAUCCGGCCCGAUUUUCGUGCCAAGAUCAGCCUGGUCCAAAUUUACGUCUGGAAGUUCUGUUUAUUUUCAACUUUGUGUUAUUUUUCUUCAGUUAUGGAACUACGGGUUUUGUCGAAUACAUCGCCAGCAUUUGUUGUCUUAUUUUGUUUGUUAGUUUGCAUGAUCUUUCCAAAUGCAUUGGCCUCAGACUCAGAGAAAGACACAUCAGCAAAAAAGACAGCAGACGACGAUGAACAUGAUGAACAUGAUGAACAUGAAAACAAAAUGAACUUGAAGUUUCAAGAGAAGCCGAUGCGUGCUUUCACUGAUGAAGACCUGUCAGUCUAUGAUGGAUCUUUUGAAGGUAGGCCAAUUUACUUGGCUGUGAAAGGUGUUGUCUUUGAUGUAACAUCAGGGAAGGAAUUCUAUGGGAAAGGAGCCACAUACAAUCCUCUGGCGGGCAAGGACUGCACAAGAGCAGUUGCUAAGAUGUCACUGGACCCUCAAGACCUUACUGCAGAUGUUACCGGCCUCUCCAAAGAAGAACUCGACUCGCUGGAUAAAGUCUUCAGGGAGGUGUACAUGGCCAAAUACCCUGUUGUGGGUCAUAUGUCCUUCACAGCCGUUGACAUGGAUGCAGAGCCACUAUACAGGACGGAAUUAUAACGUACGCUUCCCAGCUGGCUGGUUUCCCAGGGAAGUAGUCGAGUCUAUCACAAGUCCCUGCAAGUGCCUGCAAGUCCAUCAUUGCAACUCUUCCAGUGUCAUUUCAAAUCACUAAGCUGUUCCAAUGAGCGUUGACAAAGGCAUUCCUUUGUUAUUGUUCAUCUACUGUUUCUUGUGACCGGACUUGUGAUUUACUUGUGACUGCACUUGUGAUGGACUCGACUUCAUCCCUGGUAGUUCUGCAUCUGAAGUAUCCAGUGACAUUGCAAUUUUGAUGAUUAUUUUGUACUUUGUAAUAUUUUUGUCUUGUAAUUAGUGAGUUUGAGGCUGUUAGAAAUGUUGGGACUACUUUUACACGUGUAUUCCUUUUUUUUUCUAAUGAAUAAAAAAACAACACCUGAAAAGUGUGUCUAACUCCAGCUCUUAUUUAUUUUCUAGAAUUAAAUGUAUCCAUUGUAACUUUUAACGUCAACUAAAUUCGAUUGAUCAUCAUUCUCGAUAUUCCUGUUUCACAUGAAUUUCUAUCUUCAUUAUCUUACAUUUUUUUCUCCCCUCUUCUACACCCAAUAAACCUGAAAUGAGUGAAGAUAUACACUGUGUAGUGCCUUAAGUAGAAGUUUUGAAUAUAUAAUGUGACACCUACUGCCUUUUUUAUACCCAAAUUAAUCACAAAACUUGUGCCUUGUUGAUAACAUGUAUAUUUUGAAGGAUUCAAUUAACUUAUUGUGUAAACCAAAUAUACUUUAAAUCUCAUAUUCAUUGUGUAAUUGCAAUGAGAUUGGACAAAACUCAGUCUCUUGUGUUUGCUUUGACCAUGCCAUGGCUCUUUAUCAUUUGUAUGAACAUUAUAUGUAUAUUCCAUCCAGCCAGCUUAAUGAUGCUGCUGAAUCAUGAAGAUAAGUGGGAGGAAAAUAAAUGCCUUGGUAAAGUGUUCAACUGUUUUCUUAGAAAUAACUAAAACGGUGGAAAAUUACUGCUGUGGUGGUUGAGAUUUUGGUGCUGGUUGGGAAUCAUCACUGUUGGAAUUGUAUAACUUCCGAUAAAAAAGUCAGUCCUCUUAAGUUAUACCAUUAAACUUCUCAAUCUAUCGAACACCAAGACCAAGGAGACAUUGCAACUUGAUGUUUAUGUUUGUUCUGUUGUAAACAUUUGUAAACAGUUACUGCUCAUUUAGUAUCUGUGCACAACAUAAAUUGUUUUACUGAUAAGGCUGUUUAUGAGAAGUCAUACAAAAAUGAAGUACUAGUAAAUGAUCUAGCCUGCGCCUUCCUACUGAAAAUAUAUUAAAAGUUAUUCAAUGUGUACAUGGAAUUCUGUAUUCACUUAAGUUAUUAUCAGCUACUUUUGUAAACCUUUUUUUUAUACAUAUGUGAGGAGCAAUCGGUAUAAUUACGACUGCUGAUGUGUUUUCGUAAUAUUAAACUGAUGGGGAAUGAAUUCUGAAAUUUGA